AUGCAAGAUAUUUCUAUAUUAGAAAAUUUAUUACUAAAGCCUUAAGAAGAAGCUUUUAAGCAUUUAGUCAAAGGAUCCGAUGAAUAUUAUUACUUUUUUUUCCUUAAACUCUUCCAUGAAAAAGGAGCUAAUUUAUCUAAGGAAGAAAAAGAACAACUAAGAGAAUUCAUAUCCAGAGACACAGAACUUUCAGAAAAAAUAAAAAAAAGAAAAAUCUUUGCACAAUUAGACUUGUAUUCCAAUGAUGUCACUAAGAGAAACAAAUUGUUAGGAUUACUAAGAGAAUAUGUAUUUAAGAUUGAGUAUAAUAAUGAUGUAGAACCUCAGCCUUUUUACUUUAGUGAUGUAUCAAGAGAGGAAGAACAAGAACAGGAAUUAGAAUAAGAGAAGAUAAUUGAAAGAGAAGAUAUUAUUGAAACCGAAGACGUAAAUUAGAAGUAAGAAGACCAAUAAUCAGAUGAGAAGGAUAAUUAAAGAGAGAUAGAUAAUAGAAAAUUAUCUGAUAGCGAAUAAGAGGUUGUUUAAUAGGAAUAAGAGAUUUAAUAAGAUGAUUAAUUGCAAAUAGGAGGCUCCUCAUAACAUGCAGAGAGUGAUGAUCAGGAUAAAUCUGAAAAUUUGGUUGUUGAAUAAAAGGAAGAGGAAGAGCAAUAGGACUAUGAAAAAUACUAUCCAUCCCAAUUUGAUCAAUCCAUAAUUAGUUUGAACAAGUUUAUAGAAAACUUUUAUAUAUAUUCACAAGCUAAUUUAUCUUGGCUAUAACCUCAAUACUAUCAUCUUUUAGAUAUUGACAGAAUUUUAAAAUUGAAUAAUGAAAAAACAAUAGAGACUUACUUAGAAAAUGCUUAGAAAAUAGAUGAAAAUCCGGAAGUUUUGCAAUUAUUUAAAUAUCUUCUGAGUUAAAAGCAGGAAUCAAGGAAGCUAAAUUAAUUUCUACCAAAGUUAUCUCAGGCAUAAUUAACUGAGCUAUCAGAAUUUAAACCUAAAUUAUUGGAUGACAGGUAAUUUGUGAACAUAUUUUUGUAAAUUAAGUUUGAAAGACAAAAAAAUUAGAUUAAAGAUGAUAAAUAAGCACUUUAUAAUUUAAAGGAGGCUUAAACAGAAUUUUUAUUUAAACUAUCACCAAAAUUCUAAGAUAUGAAGAUUAGCGAGUUAAAUUCCUUAAUUGAAUUUGGAGCCAAUAAUAAAAUAUCUAUUAAAUAAGAGUGGAUUAUAGAAUGGCUUAAAAAUUAUUAACCUAUUUUUAAUCCUUUGGUUGACGAUUCUUAGUUUUAUCAAAAUAAUAAUAAAAUUGUUUAUUUGGUUGGUAAUAAUUUUCAAUUUAAAAUUCUUAAGAAAUAUUUAGAAACAUACUUAAAUGAUAAUGAAAAUUUAAGCUUUCUGUCACAAUAUAUAUCAAUCAAGAUUCUAGAAUAGAUGGAGGCUGAAAUAAAAUUAUAUUAAGGGAAAUAAUUGGAACAUAUCUCAAAGAUUUUGCCACAAGAUAGACUUGAGAGAAUGAACAACGAGAAAAUUCUAGCCAUUUUAGAUCCUUAAUAAAAGUCAUUUACACAUGGAGAUUAAGUGAGUUUGUAAUGCAAAUUAAAAAACAUUUAAUAAUUAAAAAUUAAGAUAUUUUAAAUUAAUUGUGAAAAUUAUUGUCUUUUAAAUGAGAAAAAUGCAAAUAUUAACAUUUCCUUGGAAGGAAUAAUUCCCAAUGAAGAAAUAGAAUUCACAUAUCAAUAACCACCAAUUGAAAUAUUUUAUAAAGAAUUUACAUUUGAAACCAUAACCAAUUCAAGAUACGGAGCCUUUGUAAUUGAGUUUUUGGGAAGCGGGUUAUAUGCAAAGGCCUUUAUUGUAAAAGGGAGAUUGAGUUUAGAGAAUACUAUUACAUCUGCAGGUCAUUCUUUAAAAAUAUUCAAUGAGAACAAAGAGCUUUGUAAAGGUGAAGGAACUGGAGUGUGGCUGGAAAAGAAAUUCUAUUAAGUAAAUGAGAGAAAUGAGAUUAUGAUACCAUUUUCAGUUAAUCCCAAGGAUAUUAAUUGCAUUAUUGUACAUGAAAAUUAUGCAGAAGUGUCUUCGAUUAGAAUUGAAGUUGAAAAAUAUGAAUUGAAUUGCCUAUUUUUCUUGGAUUAAGAGUAAUUCAUCUCUGAAACUGAAGCUUCAAUUACUAUAUUCCCAGAACUCACAGUUGCUAACAAAAAGAUUGAUAUUGGAUUAUUGAAAAAUACCAAAAUCAGAGUAUAAUCAACAAGCAAGUCGAAUGUAAUGAGUUACAAUUAAACAGAAGAAGCAAAAUUUAAAAAUGAACAGCCUUAUUCAUUUUAAAUGAGAAACCUUUCAAACUUAACUAAAACUAACAUUGUUGUAUUUGGUUAAAUCAUGUCAAUGACAGAAAAUAAAUUGUUGGAUUUAUAGUUUGAUUUCAAUAUUAGUUAUUCAUAUGAAUCAAGACUUUGCAAAUAGUACGUGAAAUACUCGGAAGAAAAUGGGUAUGAAAUAGCAGUCAUAGGAAGGAAUGGUGAGAUAUAUGAAAAUUUAUUAUUCGAGUUUUCUUUCUAUACUAUGUACUCUACUUAAGUAACCCCCACUAAAUUGAAAACUAAUGAAAAAGGCAAAAUAUUGUUGGGACAAUUAGAAGGUGUAAUAAAAUUUGUUUCUCGAUGUUUAUCUUCAAGCUCAUAGUAGACUCCUCCUGAUUUGUAUUACACAAUUCAGAAAACAGAAUAAUAAUAAAAUAGUAUAUCAAUUUAACAUUUAAAAACAACUUAUAACGAAUUGUUAUAGAAUAUUGAAUUUAAGGUUGAGUAAACAGAGGAGAAAUAUUUAGUGAUGGUAAUUGCUUCUUAAUUCAUUCAUCCCUCUAAUUAGCAUAUUGAAUUUGCUUAAGAUUUACAAAGAAAGUUAUUCACGAGUAAUGAAAAGAAUGAUUCCAGUUUUCUAAUUUAAAAUGAAUUCUAAUCAAAUUAAAAUGUUUAGUUUGAAAUUGCCUAUGUGUAAAAUAGAAGAACCAAACCUGCUUACAUUGGAAACACUCUUGAGAAGCCUAGCGUUUUGUUAAAUAGGUAGUUUGUCUAAGAAACUAACAAUGCAGAAGAAUAAGAAUAGGAUGAAGAUGAUAAUAAAGAAUGUGAAUUAGAUGAAGAUGAUGAAUUAUGUAGUGAAAGGGAUGAAUCUGAGAGGGGAUCGAUGGUUGAAUGUAAAGAAGAAGCAUAUAGAGGUGGAAGGUUAAAAAAAAAAAAAAAGAAAAUGUCAAGGAGGAGAGAAAAAGCAGGCAAUUAAUGUACCAAAGGAAAAAAGUAAAUUGAUGUUACAAACCACUUGAAUUUUUUGAAGAGUUCUGCUUAAAUUCUAAGUGUCAAGUAGCAUUAGUCUAAUCAAUAUGAGUUGACUUUUCCAGAUUAAAUACAGUAAAUUCAAAUCAUUGUGAUAAAUUAAAAAAGUAUUUAAAACAAAGUAAUUGGGCUUAAAUCUAAAGAUCCCUAUAAAAAAGACAUAACACAUAAAUCAAAACUAGAAAUUGGAAAAUUCUAUUCUCCCUAUAGAGAGUCACUUAUUAUUUCAAAAGGCUAAGAAUACUUAUUAACAGAUUGUGCAAGCACUCAAUUUAAAAUAAUUGAUUCAUAUGAAGAGGCUUGCUCAAUAAUGAAAAAUAUUUCUUAGAAUUCUGAUACCUCAUUAAUAGAAAUAUAUUCAACAUGGAAUGGUAAGAAUUUAGAGGAAAAACUUAAACUUUAUAAUAAUAGUCAAUCAGACGAAUUUAAUUUGUUUCUACAUUUUAAAGACCCGGCUUUCUUUGAGAUAUACAUAUUAGGUUACAUAAGAAAUAAAAUAGAAAAAUCAUUUAUUGAUCAAUUUUUACUAAAGAAUGUUUCAUAUCUAUCACAGAGAGUGUCUAGUGGAAGGUUUACGCAAUUAAAUGCUCUAGAACAGACUCUAUUAUUUAUAUUUUUUAAUGAAAUCUAAGGAAAUAAAGUCUAUUCGAACAGAAUCAAAAAUUGUUUGCAAUCAGUAAUUAAGAAUUAUGAAAUAAAUUUGGCUGAAAGAAAAUAAUUAUUUGAUACCAUACUAGGAGGAGAAGGUGAAGAAAAAGGCUUAGAGUAAGAGAGUGAGGAAGAAUGUUAUGAAGGCGGUGCCGGAGGAGGUGGAGGAGAUUUAAAUUACUGCUGUGCUGAUGAUAAUUAUUAUAAUUGUGAGCAAGAAUGUAAUGAAGAAAUGCAAUGUAGAAUGUCAAGGCAUAGUAGAGGGUCAUUUCAAUAGGAUGAGUAUGAUGAAUAAUAACUUUAUGAUGCAUAUACGGUGUAAAGGGAGAUGAGCAUUUAACCAUUUAAAAAUAUUAAAUAAACUUGUGAAUAUGGUGAAUUGCAUUAUAGAGAUGGGAAAACUCUGUAGAAUCCUAAUUUAACUAUUUAUAAUGACUUCUAUCAUGAUUUAGUUGAGCAUUCUAUAUCGCAAGGUGUUCUUGAGAAUCCCUUCGUUUCUUCGAAAUUCAUUUAUAACAAUCUUGAGAAUACCCAUAAUCUGAUCAUUACUGCUGCCUUAUUAGGAUUACCCUAUAAAAACUUAGCCUAAGUAGAACAGGUGUAUGUUGAAACAGAUUUAUUUAUAAAAGCACAGACACCGUGCAUUCUGUUAAAGAAAUAAUUAAAAGAGUUGCCAAAAUAAAUCAAUAAAUAAAUAUUAGUAAUUUAAAAAUUUUAUGAUGAAAAUAAUAGGUACAUCAAGAAAGAUGGAGAAAAUAUUGAGUUGUAACCAUUGGAAUUUGAAAUUAAGAAGAUAUAUCAAUGUGAAAUUGUUAUUACUAAUUGUUCAUCCAAAAAGUUAAAUGUAUUUCUAUUGCAAGAGAUACCAAAUGGUUCACUUCCAUACGAUCAAAAUAAUUAUUCAAGCAUAAACACAGUCAGCCUUAAACCCUAUUAAUCACGCACUUACCAUUACUCAUUUUACUUUCCAAAUAUCGGAAGCUUUUCAGUUUAUCCUGCAGUUGUAUCCACUGAAAAAGCAGUCAUAGCAGUUGCCGAGGAAUACUAAUUCAUUGUUGUUGGCAGUUCCUAAAUCUUGAACAAAGAGAAUCUCAUGGAUAUCAUUCAAAAAGGUAGUAAAGAUGAUAUUCUUGAGUAUUUAAGGAACAACAGCUAGGUUGAUUUAUCCUAAAUUAAAAAAUACUUUAAGGACCGAACAUUUUAUUUCAAAUGUACUGAAAUCCUAAGAGAGAAAUUAGAAUUGAGAGAGGAAAUCCUGUAAUAUGGUUUUAUUCACAAUGAUCUAGAAGGGAUUAAGGAUUAUCUCGCUUUAGAAAACAUUCAAGAAACACUGAAAAAUUAAUUCGUCUAUUUGAAAUCCAAUUUUAUUGAAAUCAGUUCUGUAAGAUUUUAUGAAUAUUAUCCCUUAUUGGCAAAAAGAGUGCAUAAAUUAGCUACCAUUGAAUAGGGAAUAUUAAAUGUAUAAUUGAAAUAAAAGUACAAAGAAUUUCUGAAUUAUCUUGUGAUCAAAUAAGAUUUAUCAAUCGCUGACAAAAUCAUAUUUUGCUAUUAUUUAUUACUAUAAUCAAGAAUAAACGAUGCAAUUUAAAUCUAUUAAAGCAUUAAUACAUAAUUCAAUGAGGAUGAUCCAGUUUUGCAAUAUGAUUAUCUCAGUGCUUAUUUAGAUUUUUACAUCGGAUAUCCUAAUUUUGAUAGGGCAAGGUCCAUUUGUGAAAAGUAUCUAAGUUAUCCAGUUAUCGAAUGGAGAAAUCUAUUUUAUGAAGUAAUGAAUUUAUUAGCUGAAUUUGAUGGUGAUGAAGAUAAAAUCUCAGAAAGAUAGACAGAUGAAAAUAAACAGAAGAAUUAAGAUCAAGCCAACAAAGAAGAAUAAUUAGAAUUCGUUGUUGAAAAUGAUCAAAUCAAAAUCACCUAUGCUAAUAUUCAUUCGAUAUCUAUUGAACAUUAUUUGAUUGAUUUAGAAGUUAUAUUCUCCAAAAAUCCCUUCUUAAGCGAUCAAAAUUACAAUAAUUAUACCUACACCAAACCAAUUCAUUCAUCAAAACAUCCAUUAAAAUUCACUCAAACUUAACAAUAAUUGACAAUUUUAUUUCCUGAUAAUUUGAAACAUAAAAAUUAAAUUAUUCAAAUCAAAGGAGAUACUAAAAUUGUUAGUCAUCAUUAUAUUGAAACUAAAUUAUAAAUUAAUAUCACUGAAAACAGUGGUUAAUUGAGAAUUUCAAAUUAAGAGGGUAAAUACCUUGAAAAAAUUUAUAUAAAAACAUUCGUUAAGAAAAAUGAUGGCUAAAAUUAAUUCUAUAAAGAUGGUUACACUGAUCUUAGAGGUCGAUAUGAUUAUGCUACUCUUGAUACACAAUCUUUAGAAAAGGUGUCUAAAUUUGCAGUUCUAAUUGUUAGCAAUGACUUAGGUUCCAUGAUUAAAGAGAUCAACCCUCCCUCAUAAGUAGGAACCUAUGGAAGGGAAGUCAAACUUCAAUCUAAAUUAUGGACUGGUAAAGCAUAGAAGGAAUAAGAAAAAUAAGAAAUUAUCUAUAAAUCAAAGAGUUAAUGCAAAAAAUGA